CGGAAGCGGGGAGGAGUCGCCGCCGGGGCCGGACUGCAUCCGCCGCGGCGUCUCCAUGGCACAGCCCUGGCCUCCGACUUCAACGACUUCAUAAGGCGGCGUUUCUGGGCGCAGCCGUGUCGCUCCUGGACAGUUGCUGUGCGACUUGGACAGUAGAGGAGCGUCUCCCAAGUUUUCAUCCAACAGCCACCCCUAAAGCUUCCACCCUCCUCCCCUGAGAGGACGUUUGAUGCCGGGCCCCUGAGAUUCUCAUUGACAAGCCCCUCUGGGUCCCCCUGAGCCAGAGCCUGCUGACCCAUUUGCCCACCUUUGCGGCUUUGAUGCCUAACCAUGUCUGCCUCAUCCUCAGGCGGCUCCCCCAGGUUUCCAUCGUGUGGAAAGAACGGAGUAACGAGUCUCACACAGAAAAAGGUCUUGAGGACACCUUGUGGCGCGCCCAGUGUUACCGUGACGAAGCGAACCAUGAAGGACCGCUCUUCAACUCCCCCCUUACAUGUUCACGUGGAUGAGAACACCCCUGUCCACGUCCACAUAAAAAAACUCUCCAAAACGUCAGCGACCAACAGCCAGAAAUCUCAUAAGCGCGGAAUGAAAGGGGACACCGUGAAUGUGCGGCGGAGUGUCCGGGUGAAAACCAAGGUACCUUGGAUGCCCCCUGGAAAAUCAUCCGCCCGGCAUGUGGGAUGCAAUUGGGAGAAUCCACCUCACUGCCUGGAGAUCACGCCACCAUCUUCAGAAAAGCUAGUCUCCGUGAUGCGGUUAAGUGACCUCUCUACAGAAGAUGACGACUCCGGUCAUUGUAAAAUGAACCGUUAUGAUAAGAAGAUUGACAGUUUAAUGAACGCGGUUGGUUGUCUCAAGUCUGAGGUCAAGAUGCAGAAGGGAGAGCGCCAGAUGGCCAAAAGGUUCCUGGAGGAGCGGAAGGAGGAGCUGGAGGAGGUGGCCCAAGAGCUGGCCGAGACGGAGCACGAGAACACGGUGCUGCGGCACAACAUCGAGCGCAUCAAGGAGGAGAAGGACUAUACCAUGCUGCAGAAAAAACACCUCCAGCAGGAGAAGGAGUGCCUCAUGUCCAAGCUGGUGGAGGCUGAAAUGGACGGGGCUGCUGCUGCCAAACAAGUCAUGGCCCUGAAGGACACCAUCGGAAAACUGAAAUCGGAGAAACAGAUGACCUGCUCGGACAUCAACACCCUAACGAGGCAGAAGGAACUUCUCCUGCAGAAGCUGAGCACAUUUGAAGAGACCAACCGCACUCUCCGAGACCUGCUGAGGGAACAACACUGCAAAGAGGAUUCCGAAAGACUGAUGGAGCAACAAGGGACGCUAUUGAAACGGCUGGCGGAGGCGGACUCUGAGAAAGCGCGCCUGCUAUUACUGCUGCAAGACAAAGACAAGGAGGUGGAAGAGCUCCUCCAGGAAAUACAAUGUGAGAAGGCUCAAGCAAAGACAGCAUCUGAGCUUUCCAAGUCCAUGGAGACCAUGCGGGGGCAUUUGCAAGCACAGCUUCGGUGCAAAGAGGCGGAGAACAGUCGCCUGUGUAUGCAGAUCAAGAACCUGGAGCGCAGCGGGAACCAGCACAAGGCGGAAGUGGAGGCCAUCAUGGAGCAGCUGAAGGAACUGAAGCAGAAGGGAGAACGAGACAAAGAGUCCUUGAAGAAAGCCAUCCGAGCCCAAAAAGAGAGAGCCGAGAAGAGCGAGGAGUAUGCUGAGCAGCUGCACGUUCAACUUGCUGACAAGGAUCUUUAUGUCGCUGAAGCUUUAUCCACUCUGGAGUCAUGGAGGAGCCGCUAUAACCAAGUUGUAAAAGACAAAGGAGACCUUGAGCUGGAAAUUAUUGUCCUGAACGACCGGGUGACAGAUCUCGUAAACCAACAACAGACCUUGGAGGAGAAGAUGCGGGAAGAUCGGGACAGCCUGGUGGAGAGACUGCACCGGCAGACCGCCGAGUAUUCCGCAUUCAAGCUAGAGAACGAGAGGCUAAAGGCUAGCUUCGCCCCAAUGGAGGACAAGCUCAACCAGGCGCACAUCGAGGUCCAGCAGCUGAAGGCAUCGGUUAAGAACUACGAGGGAAUGAUUGACAACUAUAAGAGUCAGGUGAUGAAGACCAGACUGGAGGCUGAUGAAGUGGCUGCCCAGCUGGAACGCUGUGACAAAGAGAACAAGAUUCUUAAAGAUGAGAUGAACAAAGAGAUUGAAGCGGCGCGGAGGCAGUUCCAGUCCCAGCUGGCUGACCUGCAGCAGCUGCCCGAUAUUCUAAAGAUCACAGAGGCUAAGCUGGCUGAGUGCCAGGACCAGCUGCAGGGCUAUGAGCGGAAGAACAUUGACCUCACAGCCAUCAUAUCAGACCUGCGCAGCCGGAUCGAACACCAGGGGGACAAGCUGGAGAUGGCGAGAGAGAAACAUCAGGCUUCCCAGAAGGAAAAUAAACAGCUGAGUCUGAAGGUGGAUGAACUGGAGAGGAAACUGGAGGCGACCAGUGCCCAGAAUAUCGAGUUCCUACAGGUGAUUGCCAAGAGGGAGGAGGCAAUCCAUCAGUCCCAGCUGCGACUGGAGGAGAAAACACGGGAAUGUGGGACCCUGGCGAGGCAGUUGGAGAGCGCCAUUGAAGACGCCAGGAGGCAGGUGGAACAAACCAAGGAGCAUGCAGCCUCCAAGGAGCGAGCAGCCCAGAACAAAAUCCUGGACCUUGAGACCCAGCUGAGCAGGACCAAGACCGAGCUCAGCCAGCUGCGGCGGAGCCGGGACGAUGCUGAUCGCCGCUACCAGAGCCGCCUACAGGACCUGAAAGACCGCCUGGAGCAGUCAGAGAGCACCAACCGCAGCAUGCAGAACUACGUGCAGUUCCUCAAGUCGUCCUAUGCCAAUGUGUUUGGAGACGGCCCCUACACCCCCUACCUGACCAGCUCUCCCAUCCGCUCCCGGUCUCCUCCCACCUAAGCCGCUGCUGGGCUAGGCGCUCAGAUGGAUGCCGUGGCAACGGAGGUGUCGCCAAGCCAUACCUGGAAAGCCUGUUGGUUUUCCUCUCUUCCUGAGAUGAAGUAUGUUCAGGAUCUUGUCUUAGCCACUAACUCCAGAAAAGUGCCUCGAGCAGCAGGGGAUGGAGCUGAACCCAGUUAGUUCUCUCCUCUCAGAUAGCAUCACCUGAUGGAAAGUUCUAAUUACCCCAACAGGCCUUAAAGCUACUACUGUUAGGGUCAGGUUUUAACUCACUGUGAUUGGCUCAUUCGUUUCUCAGGAGAAUAUUUGGCCUGGACUUUCCCUCCAGACAUUUUCCAGCCCUCUUCUUUUUUAUGACUCUCUCGGGUUUUCCCUGACCCCAGCCAGCAGGAGCUGCUAGGCAGAGGUCCUUGCUGCGCCUCGCGUUCUCGUGCUGCUUUCCUCCUUGCAUGGGUACGGUGUCCUCUCCAAGGUGCUCCCCUCCCACUUGUGGCUAAGUUUCCUCAAGGCCACUUGCCCUCAUGCACUUCCCUACAGACACUCGAGGGUUUGUGUUUUACAAGUUCGCCUUGUAAAAGUACAAGCCCAGUCUCACUGAUUUUUUUAUUGGCUAGGUUUGUGUCUGUGGAAUGCAUUUAUUCUUGAAAUGUGUGUGUUUUACAAAAAGCUUUUAUAAUCAAUAUUUAAGGUUCCAUGGGAUGGUCUCCUUUACCCACAUGAUCCCUCUUCUACAAAUGAUUCAAUAAGACACUACACAAGAGCCAGUAAACGUUUUUUCAGGACGUGGCGCAUGGAACAUUAGGCUCUUUGAUUUUGACUGGGUCGGCGCUUUCUCCUCUGCGUGCUUUCGCUUUGCGAUCCUGUGAAAGGGCCGGAGGAGAUACAUGGCAAGGUGCUGCUCAGUGUGUGAGGGCAGACGGCUUUAGCUGUUAGGAGGAAGAUGGGCUGUGUCUGUCUUGCUAUUUUUUAAAUGUUAAUUGCUUUCUGAAAGAUGAUGGGCUAUUUUUGUCCUCCUCACAUGUUCCUCUAUUUAAAAGAACAACGUAUUCUUCAGAGUGAAGAGAACACACUUGGUGUUCUGUGGUGAAUCCUAACCUUUCCAUUCUAGAUGGUAUUGUCCUCUGGGUGAUCCAGUCUGGUUCCCUCUCAGCCACUCUAACCCAGGUCCGAACUUCUGGAGAAUUCCCGUGUCCCCAAAAGCAAUGGUGCCACACAGGCAUCUGGAUUGCACUCCCAGAAUCGCGCACCACCCCCCCCCACCAGUUUUAGAGACAUUUGUAGUUCACAGCUUUCAAUGAUUUGUUUUUGUUAGUUUUGUUCUUAAAUUUUAUCUUAGCUUUUAAUUUUGCCAAGGAAGGUCCCUGAAAUUACUAUUACCAGCUACCAUUGCCACAAAACCAAGCCUAUUUUCACAUCUUUAACAUAGACUUGAACUUUCAUACAAUGUAUGAAAGAUCUUCCUAAGACAGUUGACAAACUUAUACCAAUGUGCAUACAUUUCUGUAUAACUCAUCAUUAUUAUCAUCAAGCUAAUGAUAACCCCUUCAGUGUAGGAUUCUGCUAUCUGCAAUGAUGCCGUGGGAACUCUCUUUGGUUUCGUGGCUGGGAUUCUCCUUAAAAUGUUUGGUUUUUCUUUGUAAAAUAUUGUAUUACAAAAAAGAGAUUUUGUGAAAAUGAAAAAUGUUUAUAUUGCUUCAAACUCGAGAGUUUUCCUUUCUGCCUCAAACUGAGACCCCAUGAAAUGGGCAAAAGGGUCAAAAGUUAGUGUCCUAGUUAAAGCUGGCCUCAGGCAAUGAUGAGCUUUUCAUGUAUUGAGAUAGAUUUAAUUCACUCUUUUAAAGUGUAUAAUUCAGGAGAAAGAAAUGGCAACCCACUCCAGUAUUCUUGCCUGGAAAUCCCACGGACAGAGGAGUCUGGAGGAUGACAGUCCAAGGAAUCACAAAAGAGUCAGCCAUGACUUAGCAACUAAAGAGUAGCAAUUGUUGUAACAACCCUGGAAGAGCGACAGCAGGAUGGACACUUCCAGCAAAGGUCUCGUUAUCAGUGAAUACAAUGAAGACAUCGGCAGCUGUAUUUGUCUUUUGAGCCCAGAUCAUUGGAAGAGAGCAAUCAGUUCCACCUGCUGGGA